UAUAAGGUUGCCAGACUUCCGUAUUUCGUGAAUAUGGUACCUCAGUCGCAACCAACUUCGCGUUACUUAUGACUAGUAGAAAUUCUGUUUUGUUGCCGACAAUAAAAAGUCAAAAAGUUCAAUAAAGUUUUAGUAAACGAGCAGCACCUUAAAAAAAUGGGACAAAACCAAUCGGCCCAAGGGGGAGCUGGCGACAAGAAGGAUGACAAGGACAAAAAGAAGAAGUACGAGCCCCCAAUCCCGACCCGCGUUGGCAAAAAGAAGCGCCGCGCCAAGGGUCCGGAUGCGGCCAUGAAGCUGCCCCAGGUCACGCCCCACACGCGCUGCCGCCUGAAGCUGCUCAAGCUGGAGAGGAUCAAGGACUACCUGAUGAUGGAGGACGAGUUCAUCCGCAACCAGGAGCGCCUAAAGCCCCAGGACGAGAAGAACGAGGAGGAGCGCUCCAAGGUGGACGACCUGCGCGGCACACCCAUGUCCGUGGGCAACCUGGAGGAGAUCAUCGACGACAACCACGCCAUCGUGUCCACAUCGGUGGGCUCCGAGCACUAUGUGAGCAUCCUGUCCUUCGUGGACAAGGAUCAGCUGGAGCCCGGCUGCUCCGUCCUGCUCAACCACAAGGUCCAUGCCGUUGUGGGAGUCCUCAGCGACGACACCGAUCCCAUGGUAACCGUGAUGAAGCUAGAGAAGGCUCCCCAGGAAACGUACGCGGACAUUGGUGGGUUGGACACACAGAUCCAGGAGAUCAAAGAGUCCGUCGAGCUUCCGCUGACCCAUCCCGAGUACUACGAGGAGAUGGGCAUCAAGCCGCCAAAGGGCGUCAUCCUGUACGGUCCUCCAGGCACUGGCAAAACUCUCCUGGCCAAGGCGGUGGCCAACCAGACCUCGGCCACGUUCCUGCGCGUGGUGGGCUCGGAACUCAUCCAAAAAUACCUGGGAGACGGGCCCAAGUUGGUGCGCGAGCUGUUCCGAGUGGCCGAGGAGCAUGCCCCCUCCAUUGUGUUCAUCGACGAAAUCGAUGCUGUGGGCACCAAGCGCUACGACUCGAACUCUGGUGGCGAGCGCGAGAUUCAACGCACCAUGUUGGAGCUGCUUAACCAGCUGGAUGGUUUCGAUUCGCGCGGCGAUGUCAAGGUGAUCAUGGCCACCAAUCGCAUUGAGACCCUGGACCCGGCGCUGAUUCGUCCCGGCCGUAUUGACCGCAAGAUCGAGUUCCCGCUGCCAGAUGAGAAGACCAAGCGCCGCAUCUUCACCAUCCACACAUCGCGCAUGACGCUGGCCGAGGAUGUGAACCUCAGUGAGCUGAUCAUGGCCAAGGAUGAUCUCUCCGGCGCCGACAUCAAGGCCAUUUGCACGGAGGCCGGUUUGAUGGCUCUGCGCGAACGCCGCAUGAAGGUGACCAACGAGGACUUCAAGAAGUCAAAGGAGAGCGUCCUGUACCGGAAGAAGGAGGGCACGCCCGAGGGCCUUUAUCUAUAAGUCUACAGCAGAUAUAUUUUCAGUUAAUUUUGAUAAUUCCCAAACACAUGCAUUAAACCACAUUAACACUAGA